AUGGGGUUGUCACUGUGUUUAGUGCCAAUUUUUUGUGUAUUUUUAAAGCUUUUGGUGUUGCAUAUUGUGGUUCCAAAAAAUAUUACUUUUGUUCAGUCAUUUUGCCAUGAUAAUGAAAGAUCUUCCUUGUUGGAGUUCAAAGAAAGCUUCCUCAUUAACAAAUCUGGUUCUCUCUGUGAUCCCAAGGUUUUGCAAUGGAAAUCUCUUGGAGUAAAUGCAAGCAAUUGCUGCUCGUGGGAUGGAGUCCAGUGUGAUGAGGAAACUGGUCGUGUGAUUGGCCUUGAUCUUAGUAGAGGUUGUUUAUUUGGCUCUAUCAACUCCAACAGCACUCUUUUCAAUCUUGUUCAUCUUCAAAGGUUGAACCUUGCUGGUAAUAAUUUCAAUUACUCUGAAAUUCCUUUUGCUAUUGGGAAACUUUCAGGCCUAACUUAUCUCAACCUAUCAAGGUCUUCUUUUCGAGGUCAAAUUCCAAAAGAAAUUUCACACUUGUUUAAGUUAUCACAACUAGACCUGUCUUUCAAUUACAAUGAAAAUGUUGAGCAAAAGGUUUUGGAACUUAAAAAUCCAAAUUUGAGUAGCCUACUGCAAAAUUUGACAGGUCUAGAAGUUCUUGAUCUCAGUUAUGUAAACAUCUCAUCCAUAGUACCCAAUUUCCUUUCAAACUUCACUUCUUUGACAUCACUAUUUCUUUUGAAUUGCGGGUUGCAUGGAGAAUUUCCUGCAACCACUUUUCAAUUGCCAAAUCUAAGAUAUCUUGAUGUAGGAUCCAAUAGGAAUCUCAAGGGUUAUUUGCCUGAAUUCAAACAUAAAAGUCCUCUUAAAGAAUUGAUACUUAGUAAAAGUGGAUUUUCUGGAAUCCUACCUUCCUCAAUCCAAAUGCUUGAUUCAUUGGAUCUAUUAGAUGUUGAUGGCUGCAAUUUUUCAGGGUUUGUUCCAUCUUCACUUGGAAAACUUGCCCAACUUACCACUAUACACCUUAGGCAUAACAAUUUUGCUGGUCGCAUUCCCUCUUCUCUUCAAAAUCUUACCCAACUGACUUCAUUAUAUCUCUUUAGUAAUCAUAUGACUGGUCCAAUCCCACCUUGGCUAGGAAACCUCACCAAACUAAAUACACUCCUACUUGGACAUAACCAAUUCUAUGGUCUUGUUCCACAAUCAUUAUCUGACAUCAUCAACCUUGAGACUCUUUAUCUACGUGCUAACAAUUUAAGUGGCAUUUUGAAAUUUGACAUGUUUUUUGGCAUGAAAUUUCUCACGAAUCUAACCCUGGGUGAAAAUAGUUUGUCCGUAUUCAUUAUGAAGGGAAACAAAAAUGCAACAAUUUCAAAAUUCAAGAGGUUGGAAUUGGGUUCAUGCAACUUGAAUACAUUCCCUGAUUUUCUUAGGCAUCAGAAUGAACUCGAGGUGUUGGUACUUCAUAAUAACAAGAUAAGGGCUGAAAUACCUGAAUGGAUGUGGAAUACAAGUAUAGACACUUUUCGUCUCUUGAACAUUGCCAACAACUUCUUAACAGGCUCUCAACCUGCAAUUCUUCCUUGGGUUAACUUGCAAGUAUACAUUGUUUCAUUUAACAUGUUGCAAGGAGUACUACCAAUUCCUCCCCCAUCCAUCUUGAGUUAUAAUGCAUCAAAUAACAUGCUAAGUGGAGAAAUCUCACCUAUGUUCUGCAAUCCAAGCUAUCUAUACUUUCUUGACUUGUCUGAUAACACCUUGACUGGUACAAUUCCAAAAUGUUUUGGAAACUUAAGCUAUUCUUUGGAUGUGUUGAGUUUAAGAAACAAUUUCUUUCAGGGCACCAUUCCUAAAAUAUGCAGCAACAGUGCAAGCAACUUGAGAAUAAUUGAUCUCAGUUACAAUAAGUUGCAGGGGCAGCUACCACGAACAUUGUCCAAUUGUAUGAUGCUUGAAGGUAUUGUUGUCUCGAACAAUCAACUUAGGGAUGUUUUUCCAUCUUGGUUGGGAUCUCUUCCGGUGUUGAAGAUUCUCAUACUUCAACAUAAUGGGUUCUACGGUGUGAUUGGGCAACCCCAAAACUACUUGGAGUUCCCCAAGUUGCAAGUAAUUGAUAUCUCUUUUAAUAAUUUCACAGGUAAAUUGCCAUCAGAUUACAUUUUCAGCUGGAAUGCCAUGAAGGAUAUCAAUCCCAGUCCUUUGACAUAUUUGAGUGUAAUGUUGAACUAUACUUUUGCUGAAAUUGGUUUGACCCAUGUUGAAAAUCGUUAUGCAAUCACAAUCACCUCCAAAGGGGUAAAGAGAUACUAUGGUGCCAUCCUAGAUAUCUUUACUUUUAUUGAUAUGUCAAGCAAUAGAUUUAAAGGAGAGAUUUCUGAAUUGUUUGGAAACCUAAAAGGCCUUUACUCAUUAAACCUUUCAAAUAACAUUCUCACUGGUUGCAUCCCAUCAUCUUUAGGAAAUUUAACAGUUCUAGAAUCAUUGGACCUCUCUCAAAACAAGCUCUCAGGGCAGAUCCCUCAGCAACUAAAGGAACUUGGAUUUCUCGAAUGCUUCAAUGUUUCUCAUAACAAUCUUACGGGGCCUAUACCUCAAGGGAAACAGUUUAGUGCUUUUGAGACUAGUUCCUUUCAAGGAAACCCAGGAUUAUGUGGUGAUCUACUACUUAAGAAAUGUGGUGAUUUAGAUCCCCCAUCACUGACACCUUCAGUUUUUGAAGAAAAUGAUAAUUCAGAGUCUUCGUUUGAAUUUGAAUGGAAAGUUGUGUUGAUAGGACUCAUAAGUGGGCUAGUUGCUGGAGUGGCUCUUGGUGAUAUGGUGAUCAUAACGAGGCAUGGAUGGCUGGUUAAGAUGCAUUGCACAAGGAAACGGUGGAGGACAUAUCGAAGAAAUUGA